UGAAAACACGCGUUAUUAAAUCACUCGCUGUACGAUACGCACCGAUGCUUUGCAUGCGUUAAUAUUGCAAGUGUCGACAAAUACUACAUGCGCGUCUUUUCAACAUAGCUUUUUUUAAUUUUGUGCUAUCGAUUGAAGGCAUUUUGUCCAUCCGGAUUCAUCUAAGGGUUUAAAUCCAACAACCUACAGUUACGCAACACACUGUUUUGUGUCGCCAAUAAAGACUAGUGGAGGAAAAACAUACAGGGUUCAUCAGCAAGGCAAUGAAUGAAGUAGGAGCCAGUGGGCGGCCCAGGGGGCAGCAGAAGUUCAUCAGUUUGGAUGUGGAUGAAGAGGAACACAUGAGUCCUGCACCGAAGGCGUUGUAAGUUAUUCUCUCUGGGCAUCGCAGGUUCGUGUAGCAUGGAUGUUAAAGAAAACUGCAACCUGGACAACCUUUCCUCCAAGGAGAGGCUGGGAGAGGGGCCUCACUUAGCCAAUAGGAGCACAAGGCGAUUGGGCAAGAAACGCCCUCUAGAGGAGGGCAAUAAGAGUCAUGGCCACUCCAAAUUCCGUCCCAAGAAGCGCAGGAAAAUGCAAGGGCCGGUUUUACCGAAAAAUGCGCUGAUGCAACUUAAUGAAAUUAAACCAGGACUACAGUACAAAUUGCUGUCUCAGACAGGGCCAGUGCAUGCACCCGUGUUCAUUAUGACUGUCGAAGUUAAUGGACAGUUGUUUGAGGGUUCUGGUCCAACGAAGAAGAAAGCCAAACUGAAUGCAGCCGAAAAAGCAUUGCGUUCUUUCGUUCAGUUCCCAAAUGCAUCUGAAGCUCACCUUGCGAUGGGGCGCACGCUAACAGUCAAUGCAGACUUCACUUCAGACCAGGCGGAUUUCCCCGACACACUAUUUAAUGGAUUCGAAACGCCAGCGCCGCCUGACGUCCCGUUCUACCUGAGUCUCAGCAGCAACGGGAGGCUUUUCUCCCUAAAUAAAUGCCCAUUGCCUGUGACUCAAAAAAACAACAAGCUGGCACACCCACCUCUUCUGCUGCCCUCUGUGCUCACAGCACCCCCUACUGGCAGUGGCAAAAACGCAGUGAUGAUCUUAAACGAGCUUCGACCAGGACUGAAAUACGAGUUUGUGGCGGAGAGCGGUGAGAGCCAUGCCAAGAACUUUGUUAUGGCGGUCACUGUGGAUACACAGACGUUCCAAGGUUUCGGGCGAAAUAAAAAGCUGGCAAAAGCAAGGGCAGCUCAAGCAGCGCUAUCUGGACUUUUUAACAUGCAACUGGACCAGACACCAUCCCAUCAGCCAAUCCCAAGAGAAGGUCUGCAGCUACACCUGCCUCAGGUUCUUGCAGAUGCUGUCUCUCAUUUGGUUGUGGAGAAGUUCAGCGAGCUGACAGACAACUUUACUUCUCCACAUGCGCGACGAAAAGUCCUGGCGGGUGUUGUCAUGACAACUGGUAAGGAUGUGAAGGAUGCCCAGGUGAUCUGCGUCUCUACUGGAACCAAGUGUAUAAAUGGAGAGUACAUGAGCGAUCGGGGCCUCGCUCUUAAUGACUGCCACGCUGAGAUCAUUGCACGCCGCUCCCUUAUCAGAUAUCUGUACAGUCAACUGGAGUACUUCCUCAGUGAUAGUAAAGAGGAAAAGGAGAAAUCCAUAUUCAGAUGGUGCAGUGAACAUGGCUACCGGUUAAAAGACGACAUUCAGUUUCAUUUGUAUAUCAGCACGUCACCCUGCGGAGACGCCCGAAUCUUUUCUCCUCAUGAGGCUGGCGCCGAGGACCAGGGUGACCGGCAUCCAAACCGAAAGGCCCGUGGACAGCUGCGAACCAAGAUCGAGUCUGGAGAAGGAACGAUACCUGUUCGUACGAGUAACACCAUUCAGACUUGGGAUGGAGUCCUGCAGGGAGAGAGACUACUGACCAUGUCAUGCAGCGACAAGAUCGCCAGAUGGAACGUGAUCGGAGUACAGGGGUCUCUUCUGAGUUAUUUCAUGGAACCCAUCUAUUUCUCGAGUUUAAUUCUCGGCAGCCUGUACCAUGCAGACCACCUGUCCAGAGCCAUGUACCAACGCAUCACUGACAUGGAUGAUCUGCCCCAGCCAUUCACCCUCAACAGACCCCUCCUUAGUGGUAUCAGCAACACAGAAGCAAGGCAACCUGGGAAGGCUCCCAACUUUAGCGUAAACUGGACGGUUGGAGAUCAGGGGUUAGAGAUCAUCAAUGCCACCACGGGGAAAGAUGACCAAGGACGAGCUUCUCACCUGUGCAAACAUGCCCUCUAUAGUCGCUGGGUCUGUCUACAUGCCAAGCUCACUGAAACGCUGAGGAUCCAGGGUUCUCGGCCAGGCUCCUACCAUGAGGCAAAGCAAGCGGCUGUGGAGUAUCACACAGCAAAACAGACUCUCUUCAAAGCUUUCUACAAAGCGGGGCUUGGAGCGUGGGUUGAAAAACCCAUCGAACAGGACCAGUUUACCCUCACUCCCUGAGAUACACAAAGAGAAAGAGAAAAUGAGGGAUUGUCACAGUUUUAAAGUUUUAAUCUUACCAUGCACAGUUCAGUUUCCCUCUUUCUUGUCACUUUUUUGCCCCCGAUAUUAUUGCAAUUCGCAUGGCUCCUUCUAUCAGUUAAAAGUGCACUCAGUAAUUUGUUUUGUUUGUUGCGCGGGCCAAUACGGCAAUUGUUUUUAGAAAUGCGCUAUUAGAAGUUAGCCAUUAACUUAUUCUGCAGUUAAAAGUGUCCAAUAAUUGGGGUGUCAUUGAGAUAAAGUGAGUAGUAUUUGUCCGGUCAUAUGAUUAUGAGGCAACCUACUCCAUAUAGAAUAAAAUCUUUUUUAAGGCUAUUGAUAUGACUUGUCUUCAUCUCAUUUUAAAAAUAUGUUUUAAAAAGUACAAUUAUAUUAAAACUGUUUUAAUGAGGGGAAGAAUACUGAGUGCACUUUUAAAAACAUGGUUACAUUUAAAACUAUUUGUAUUUGGAAUGAAUUUUUCAUCUCAGGUUUCCACUUCAUUGUAAAUUCAGUAUGGGUAGUUGGUUUCCUGUUUAAAUUUAGCUAAUAUUUGUCAUCAAAUUUCUCAUUUAAUGUUACAAAUGUCAUGCCAUUUCACUGCAAAACAAUAAAAAGACUGUACAGCACAAACCGCUAUCUUUAGAAAACCAGAUUUAUCAGCUAGCGACUGGGGAAAGAUUUGUUUCUUCUUAAACGGUAGGAUAGGAAUUUGAUAGUCAGAUGUUUAUGAAUGAUUGUAAAUAAGUAAACUGCGUAAAAUUACUGGGUUAUUUUAAAGAUCGACUUCCUUAAUUCAUUUGAUAGGAGAUAAACAUUCGACACAACAAUACGGCACUUGAGAACAUAAUAUAAACCCCUAUAGGAACAUGUUGCAGCAUUUAGGAGACACUGUUAUGGUCCUAAACCUUUGCCUUUUUCAAAGUGGUUUACCCUGAUUAUACUUUCGUACUGUUUGAAACUGACUUAUCACCUUUAAGCUACUGCACUGAUCCUUUAAAGGUGUUCUGUUUUAGUUUUGGGUAGUUUCUUAUUUGGAUAAUAUUUCUCUCUCGGCUCAGCAGGAGUUCUGGAAUAAACUCAAGAACUCAACCUAGUUCGAUGUCGAAACAAUAACUUUUCCUUGUAAAUUCCCAUGGAGCCACUGUGUUCUGCAAUCCAGGAUGCUCUCCUUAUUGUCUGAACUAGGGGUCCCCAAUGGAUCCCUUAUGUUUGAUUUGGUUCUGUCAUGCCAGAAUCAGAACUUCCUUUAAACUCUGCAUCCAAACAAGACAAAGACUCAAACGCUGCAUGAGUUUUGGCAUGAAAAUACAAUAAAGAAAAGAAAAACUCCCCCCAAAAAUCCUUGUGUGUGUGUGUGUGUGUGUGUGUGUGUGUUUUUUCUUUUCUUUUUUCUUCUCUCUUAUCAGCCAGUAACCAACACUUGAUUUAAUUUGGACGAUCAAACUAUUGACUUUUCUGUACUUCUUGACAAUCUCAAACAAUACCAAAUUUCAAAGACGUUUCAACAGCCUGAACGGACUCAUUUAUGUUUGCUUUAUAAUCCUGAUAAUAAA